AUGGAAAGCUACAAGUUCUCCCUGGGUUACAUUCCUCCUGAACUACUACCACCCAGCUACAAGUUCUCCCUGGGUUACAUUCCUCCUGAAAUACUACCACCCAGCUACAAGUUCUCCCUGGGUUACAUUCCUCCUGAACUACUACCACCCAGCUACAAGUUCUCCCUGGGUUACAAUCCUCCUGAACUACUACCACCCAGCUACAAGUUCUCCCUGGGUUACAUUCCUCCUGAACUACUACCACCCAGCUACAAGUUCUCCCUGGGUUACAUUCCUCCUGAACUACUACCACCCAGCUACAAGUUCUCCCUGGGUUACAUUCCUCCUGAACUACUACCACCCAGCUACAAGUUCUCCCUGGGUUACAUUCCUCCUGAACUACUACCACCCAGCUACAAGUUCUCCCUGGGUUACAAUCCUCCUGAACUACUACCACCCAGCUACAAGUUCUCCCUGGGUUACAUUCCUCCUGAACUACUACCACCCAGCUACGAGUUCUCCCUGGGUUACAUUCCUCCUGAACUACUACCACCCAGCUACGAGUUCUCCCUGGGUUACAUUCCUCCUGAACUACUACCACCCAGCUACAAGUUCUCCCUGGGUUACAUUCCUCCUGAACUACUACCACCCAGCUACAAGUUCUCCCUGGGUUACAUUCCUCCUGAACUGCUACCACCCAGCUACAAGUUCUCCCUGGGUUACAUUCCUCCUGAACUACUACCACCCAGCUACAAGUUCUCCCUGGGUUACAUUCCUCCUGAACUACUACCACCCAGCUACAAGUUCUCCCUGGGUUACAUUCCACCUGAACUACUACCACCCAGCUACAAGUUCUCCCUGGGUUACAUUCCUCCCGAACUACUACCACCCAGCUACAAGUUCUCCCUGGGUUACAUUCCUCCUGAACUACUACCACCCAGCUACAAGUUCUCCCUGGGUUACAUUCCUCCUGAACUACUACCACCCAGCUACAAGUUCUCCCUGGGGAUACAUUCCACCUGA